AUGGAUCAGGAGAACCGGACAGUGGUGGCCGAGUUCUGUUUCUCUGAUUUCCCUCAGUUUGAGAACGGCAGCCUCUUACUCUUCGUUCCUCUGCUGUUUAUUUAUGUGUUCAUUAUUGUUGGAAAUUUCACGAUCUUCUCUGCUGUCCGGCUGGACACUCGUCUCCACAAUCCCAUGUACAAUUUCAUCAGCAUCUUCUCCUUCCUGGAGAUCGGGUACACCACAGCCACCAUUCCCAAGAUGCUCUCCAACCUCAUCAGUGAGAAGAAGACCAUCUCCAUUACUGGCUGCCUCCUGCAGAUGUAUUUUUUACACUCGCUUGGGGUCACAGAAGCCCUAGUCCUCACAGUGAUGGCCAUCGACAGGUACGUUGCCAUCUGCAACCCCCUCCGCUAUGCAACCAUUAUGACCCCUCGGCUGUGUGUCCAGCUCUCCACUGGCUCUUGAAUCUUUGGCUUCCUUAUUCUGCUGCCAGAGAUUGUGUGGAUUUCUACUCUUCCCUUCUGUGGCCCGAACCAAAUCCAUCAACUCUUCUGUGACUUUGAACCUGUGCUGCAGUUGGCCUGUACGGACAUGUCCAUGAUUCUGGUCGAAGAUGUGAUCCAUGCUAUUUCCUUCCUGACUUCUGUGUCUAUCAACAGCCUUUCAUAUUUAAGAAUCAUCACUAUGAUCCUGAAGAUUCCCUCAGGGGAGAGCCGUCAGAAGGCGUUCUCCACCUGUGCAGCCCACAUUGCUAUUUUCUUGCUUUUUGGCAGUGUGGUCCUCAUGUACCUGCGUUUCUCUGUCACAUUCGCACCUCUCCUGGACAAGGCCACCAUCCUGAUGUUUGCUGUCCUCACCCCACUGUUCAACACGAUAAUCUACAGUCUGAGGAGCAAAGACAUGAAAGAUGCCAUCAGGAGAGUUCUCUGUUUUCAAUAA